AGUUUUUUUUUUGCUCACGCACUGCGGUCACACUGGACAAAAUCAGCUUGGCGCUUUUACUUCAAGAACAUUAAAAAUGUUUCCUCUAAACAGCGAUAUUAAUAUCCAAUCUCAAAAUUACUAUUUUAAGAAUUGGAUUGCCUAUACAGAGGAUCACGUUCCAGUGCAGAAAAUAUAUAUUAGUAAAGUGCCGUCACAGCUCAAGAAAAGCGCACUGAGGGCACAUUUGGAGAUAUAUGGAAAUGUGCUGGAAAUGAAAAUAUCCAAGACCAAAAAGGAAAAGUCCUCAGAAGGUUAUGCAUUAUAUGAAACCGCAAAGCAGGCAGCCAAGUCUCUCCAUAGUCCGAUUCACCAUGUAAACGGCCACAGGUUCCAUGUGCAGGCUGGCGACAGCUGGCUGCAGCCGGAAGCCUACGGUAGCCCAUCAGAAUCUGUAGACCUGCUGCCUGGCGAGGAAGCACCUAUCAUGCGGUUGAAUGAUUACUGCCUGGAGCUCAUCCUAGAGAACCUGGAGUUCGUGGCGGACCAAAUUCGCUUCGCCAGAACCUGUCAGCGGUUCAGGGCCGUCUAUGAAAUGGCAUCACGCCGAAUGCAUAGCAUAGCCGAUACGUACGAUUUAUUUGACGCUACCGUUUGGGAAAUGACCGACUUUUUUAAGCUGUCUGGAUCAAAUUUGGAAGCCUUUGACACCGUCGUUGAAACAACACAUCAAGAAAAGCUAUACGCUCUUCUGGGGGAACACUGCCCAAAUCUGACCACUCUAGAUUUGUGGAACAGCCCGGAUAUAGAGAGUAAUGCUCACAAAAUAUUUCCCAAGUUGGGAAAACUGGAGGAGCUUCAAGUAGCGGGAACGGAUCUGCACGACAGCUCGAUAGAGUCGCUUAAGAACCUCAAUAACCUAAAAAUACUUGAUGCCAGCUCUACUCACCUGAGGGGACAAACCAUGGAUAAAUUGCCUUCCUCAAUAGAAGAGUUAUCGCUGAAUAGGUGUCACUAUUUCAAUAUGGAGAAUUUACCAAAGAUUUGCAAGAAGCUAACAAAACUAAAGGAGCUCAACAUUCUAAAUGUUGAGCUCUUGCCUAGGACUAUUGGACAAACUUUGAUUCGGCAAAAUUGUUUUCCCUCUCUAGAGAUAAUACGCAUAACCGUUUUUAGUAAUGAUCCUUAUGACUUCGUGGCUCGUAUACCCAAGUUAAAACAUCUAUCGAUCUAUAAUCCGAAAACCGUUCCUGAAUACAUAGGAUUGUCUCUUUUUGUACAGUUGGUGAAGCGGAAGUCGGAGAAACUAGAGCGAUUAGAUAUAAUCGGCCCUUACAUGUUGAAUCAACAACAGAUGCACCAAAUAACUAAGUUAGCUGGACUACGAAUCCUGCUUUUGCCUUACAUCGAAACAUUAGACGAUGAAGUACUGGCAAAGUUUGCCGAUUUAAAAAAUCUGGAGCGCAUACACAUCAGCGCGUCUUCUAAAGUAAGCGAUGCUGCGAUUCUAGGCCUGUUUUGCGCCUGUCCCAUGCUGAGCAUAGUGGGGCUGCAGGAUCGCACAUGGAGCGACAAGCUGGUUAAGGGAAUUGAGAAGAAAGUACGUGAAGAAACUAAAUAUAAGGAGAUGAAAAGGGUUUUGCCCAUCAAACUGAUGUCCUUCAAGAAACAACAUGAGGGUGAAAUCCAAUCUCAGGACAUUGUUGGCUCGAAAUCAAAUCCGGAUGAUGUCGUUCAAUUAAUUAACACGGAAACGAAGGGCGGAGGAUUGCCCUUUGACUAUGACUUCGAGGGCUGCGAUGAUGAUGAUUUCGAAGAAAAAUAUUGGUCCGAAGAUGAGCAAGGCUACGAUGAUUACUAUGGCGAUAGUAUGAGCGAUUAUUUCUUUAUUUCAUAUAAUUUGGGUGUUUUUAAAAUGCACUUUUAG